AUGGCAAGCCUACAAAACAUACUACCCCAGGAGGGUACCUCCGGCACUGCCAGGGGAGAAUCCCUCCCCGUGGCCUCGGCCGCGGGCUGCCCCGCGUAUUCUGGGGGGGGCAAGGACUGCUUUUCCAAUACGACGACUCAGGCAAGAAUAAUGGCAACGAUUGCACGCGAUCUGGAUUCGGAGGUGACGAGGCGUCCAUCAGUGGAUGGCGUCGAACUAAAAGAGGUGAGAGUGCGGCUGGAGCGCAUUCCGAUCGCGGCACCCAGCGAUACGUCGAAUGCAAAGACAAGAAGUGACAGGAUGGAGUGUGAUGGUGGAGCAGCGUCCGAUUCGGACUGCAGCGUCACCGUCGCUGCCGAAAGGGGGCCGGUUUCGGAUGCCAUGGCAGCGAUGCUCGGCGCCAAACGGCCCCGCCUCAGUGAGGGGUCCACGGAUGAGGAACGGACGGCGUCCCCAGUGACGGCAAGGUGGCGCCAACAAGAGAAGAGGGCCGCAGCCAAGGCUCGCGCCAAACAAAAGGAGGAAGAUCUAGAGAAAGAAGCUGAGCUCGCUCGCUUCCGGCGCGAGACGCGGUCUGCGUUGUUUCCCCGACCUGACGAUAGGACGGGAGAGAGGUGUGCCGCGCAGCUCCAAGAGCAGGUGCAGGAGGACUUGGCUAUCAUUGAGAGGGUGGCGUCCAAGUCCUCCAAUUUGAAGGGAAACUUUGUGCGAGCCCUGAAGGACGCUGCGGUAUCAAUCAAGGAAGCCGUGGAAGUCCUCGGGGCCCGCACACUAUCGGAGGAGACAUGCCAGCUCCAGGCGGACAACGCCCGCCUGCGGGCCGAGAUGGAUGCACUCCAUAAGGAGUUAGCAGCUAUAAAGGAGGAUCUGCGGAAACGGGGUUCCGCAGUCUCCUCUUACCCGGAUACGACAGUGAAGGCCGUCCCCGCAUCACGGCCCCCACAAACACCUAACGAGACGUCCUCCGUGGAGGAGAUCUGUCGCGCAGUAAUGGUCCAGGUCGGAGGCAUGAUGAACGCCCGCCUGGCCUCGCUUGAGGACAGACUCCUCCCGGAGAGGAACCUGCGGCCGCCUCUCGCGGCCGAUAAGAAGAGGGACGGGAGCUCGUACGCUGCCAAGCUUGCGGGGCAGCCGACGGUGCCCGCUAAAGGAAAAGACCAGGGUGCGGCCAGGCAGGCGCCGCAGAAAGUGCCAGCCCAGCCAGGCACCAGCGGCACCCAACGGAAGGCUCCCGCUGCGCCAUCGCAGCGCCCGCCGGGCCCCGCCCAGAGCCGGCCCGAGACACAGGGCACGAGCGCCCCUUCACCCGCUACUGCGGAAAAGGGGAAGAGCAAGAGAAGGAGAAAGAGGAGGAAGAACAAGAAAAAGAACUCACCACCCGGGCAGCAGCAGUCGCAGCCCGCGGUUGGUGAGUGGAUAAAGGUGGGGCCCAAAAGGCGUCAAAAGGAGAAGGAGAGGAUUAACCCGGCCGAGCUUGGAGCUCAGGGCGUUCGCCUUCGGAAGGCUGCCAACGGGGGUCGCAUUUUUGAGUUCCCAGGCGCCUCCAGUGGCGAGAAGGCGGACUCCCUGGCCCAAAGGCUGCGGGAGGUCCUAGAUGGUGAAGUCGUCCGCGUCUCCCGGCCUACUAAGUCGGUGGCCCUGCGGGUGUCAGGCUUAGACGACUCUACCACUGAUGCCGAGGUGGUCGCCGCGAUUGCUGCAGUGGGAGGGUGCCCCGCCGAGCAGCUGCGGGCCGGCGUGAUGUCCACCGGCCGCGACGGACUGGGAUCAGUGGUUGUCCAGUGUCCCGUCGCGGCUGCGAAAAAGAUUGUGUCCGCUGGUCGUCUUCUGGUGGGCUGGGUGUCCGCCCAGGCUAGGGUGCUGGAUGCCCGGCCAAUGAGAUGCUUCAGGUGCCUGGCUCCCGGGCACCUAUCCGGCCAGUGCCAGGGGGUGGACCGCUCCGGACUCUGUUUCCGGUGCGGUCAACCAGGGCACAAGGCCCGCGGAUGCACUGCUGCGCCUCACUGCGUGGUCUGCGCUGCGGCCGGCAUGCCGGCGGAGCACCGAGUCGGCAACAAAGCCUGCGUCUCCCCACCCAAGGGGAAGAGAAGUAAGAAGGGAGGUGGGGACGGUCAGAACCCGACGGUCGGACAGCCCACUGCCUCACCCCUACAGGCGGCACCGCCGCAGGCCGAGGAGGUUGCUAUGGUCGUGGAAUAA